AUGGUAGCAGACGGUGACGUCCUGGAAAGUUCUUGGAUCCAUCGCUCGUACGUGGCCACACAUUAUCUCGUCACGCUGGCAGCUAUGCAACAGGUGGCGUCUACGUAUGCGGGUAACGGGGGGGUGACGCCCGGGGACCUGACAAUGUUGGCCGCGACGACGGCUUUCUCCGUCCUCUUCUCCGAUUUUUUCAGCGGAAUUUUCCAUUGGUCGGUGGAUAACUAUGGGAACGGAAAGACGCCGGUGUUGGGCACAGUGAUCGAGGCCUUUCAAGGGCACCACGACGCGCCGUGGACGAUCACGUACCGGCAAUUCAGCAAUAACGUGCACAAGAUUACCAAAAUCACCAUCCCCGCCAUGCUAGCCGUUGUAGCCCUUCACCCGUCUUCUCCUCUCGUCACGUUGUUUGCAACUCUGUUCUUCAAUCUGCAGGUACUCAGCCAGGAAUUCCACAAGUUAUCCCACUUGUCCAAGCCUCCCGCUUGGGCGGUGAGGCUUCAAGACCUGGGCCUGAUUAUUUCCAGGAAAGAGCACGGACAACAUCACUCCAGCCCAUUUGAAAGCAACUAUUGCAUCUUGACGGGUACUUGCAAUCGUAUGUUGGAUGAAAGUGGGUUCUUCCGGUUUUUGGAGAAAGCAGUGUACGAUGUGACCGGCGUGAUGCCGAACUGUUGGAAGCAAGGCUCUUCGGAGUUUCGAGCAGAGAUGUUAGUGGGAAGAAGAGGUGGAGCGGACGCGAAUAUGGUGGACGAGAAGAUGGAAUGA